GCGCAUGUGUAUAAUCUUAUACUCAGAUACACACAAAGAUUGAAACACACAUAAAUACGUAAGCAGAAGCAGGCAGUCUUGCACACAUACACAUAGAGAUACGCAUAUAUAUAUAUACCUGUAAGUACAGAUAUAGAUCUUCCUCCCACUUAUAAAUACAGAUACACGCACACACACAUGUACACAAGACACACACACACAUGCACGCAAGACACACACACACACAUGCACACGCAUGUAUAUAUUUACUCACCUAAGUACACACACAUAAAUACAUAUAUAGAUAUAUUCACCUAACUACACUCUCACCGAUACAUAUUUCUGUACUUUUACACAUAUAUAUAUACAUAUACACAUAUGUAUCGACAUAGUUCUUCUCAACACAUGCAAACAGUGAAAAUACAAAAAAAACAAAGGACAAAAACACUAAACAAAACAAAACAAAUAAAAAUAGUACGUGACGUUAAUAGAAGCCAUUUUUAAUGAGGAAAGCCUCGGUUUCUCGUUGAGGAUACACGUUUCAUUUCGAUAUCAUCUACACGGAUACCCGUUCCCUAAUAUGUCUGAUUAUACCCUUUAUUAUUUCAACGGUCGAGGCCGUGCAGAGAUCUGUCGUAUGCUGUUUGCGGUUGCUGAUGUUCGUUAUACUGAUAGUAGGAUCGAAUUCAAAGAGUGGAUUAACUUCAGAAAAAACAUGACGUGUUCCAUGAUGCCAGUCCUGGAGAUGCAGAAAUGCCAGAUUCCACAAAGUAUGACCAUAUCUCGCUAUAUAGCCAGGGAAUACGGUCUUCAUGGGAAAAGCAAUCUAGAAAUGGCACGAGUGGAGUCCAUCACGGACUGUCUUUACGAAAUACUAGAUGUCUACAUGAGAAUGUACCAUGAGAUGGAUGGUCGACUUGUAUGCAGAAAAAGUCAAAAGGUCCUCAAGAAAUCCAGUUCAGAUAUGCGGAAAAUAUUUGAGCAAACGUGUCGCAAUAUACUUCCUUAUCUCGAAGACACCCUGAAGACAUGCAAUGGAGGAGAUGAAUUCUUCUGUGGAGAUAAGAUGCUGCUGUGUGAUAUAAUGUGCUUUGCAGCUCUUGAAAACCCCACUACGGAAGAUCCAUGUUUGCUGAAAGAUUACCCUAAAUUGCAAGCUUUAAGAGAAAAAGUUGCAAAUCAUCCCAAAAUAGCCAGUUACCUAUUAAAACGAAAUACCACUUCAUUUUAAUGAGAUAUGUUUUGUUUUAUCACAAGAAUAGUAAUCUCGAAAUGUGUGUAAAUGUUAUGAUGUGUGCGAGUCAUUAUCGUUCGCAACUUUGGUAGCCAAUGAAGAACGCUUGAGAUUCUUGCAAAAUCUGAGAGUGGCUGAUUAAAUUGCUAAGAACAUAUGUGAAGUGUUAUAAUUAAGAUAACAGAAUUAUUAAAUUUUAACUUGAGUUAUGUAUUAAAUCGUCUGCCUAAACGAGAUUGAGAUGAAUACAAAAUAUAUUUAUAAUUGAA